CUCCUCACCUCAGUCGAGCGUGCUGCGAACAAACGAUUCAACAUUGCGGCGUAUGAGCUCAAACUCGGAACAAAAGACAUCCUCAUAAAACAGGGAAUGGUGGGAGAAGCGUUGUGAAAUGUAUAGAAGUUAUUUUGAACGCAUUAGCAAAAGCGAAUAAUUAUUUGGGCCAUUGGUUUAAAGGGUUGUGUCUUGUGUGUUGCCAAAUCUGCGGGACGCGCGUUGCUCCCCAUCAAAGCCAACUACAGGGGAGGGACAUAGCCGAUUUCUCGACUUCACCGCUCUGACUGAAGGGGAGGGGGUCCGUAGACCGAAAUUGAUGGUUGUAGGCUACUGAGAAAGACUAGCUACUCCUGUUGAUAAUAAAGGCAAAAUCCACCUUUCAGUCGAAUACAGCUGAGUUGGUGAAACGGGCCGGUGGUGAAYCAUGGAGAUGUCUGAGGGGCUGUCACAGCAGGAGAGAAUCCAGGCUAUAGCGGAGAAGAGGAAGAGGCAGACAGAGGUUGAGAACAAGAAGAGGCAACUGGAAGAUGACAGGAGACAGCUUUCACAUCUCAAGCAAAAGUCCCUGAGGGAAAAAUGGUUGCUAGACGGAGCUGCUGGGUCGGAGCAGGACGAGGCCAAGAAACAGCUGGCGGAGGACGAGGCCAAGCUCAAGGGGAUMGAGGAGAACAUCAAUAGACUGGAGCAGGAACUGGAGGAGCUGGAAACGGGCGUGUCGGUGACCUCCACCAAAGAGAGUCUGACAGAUGCAGCCAAGGUGGAGCAAGCCAAGACUGCCGACAACAAAGCUCCUGCAGGCACUGUUCAAGAGGCUAAGGAAGUGUUCAAAGGAAGCAACAGCCCUCGUCUGAACAUGUCCGGAGGUGCAUCAGAUAUAAUGAGAACAGUGGUACACGAGGUGAACGGGGAGAACGGGGUCCACCAGCUCAGCGCCAACGAGGUGGACGAGCUCAUCCACAAAGCUGAUGAGUCCAUGAUGAGCGKCGCCACCACCGCCGCCGCCACCUUCACCGCCCCUGUCUUCCCCACCAAUGCUGAGUUGGCUGCAGAACAGCAGACGACACCCAAGAAGGAGAUCACAGGCAUGGAGGCCAAGGCAGGUGGCGCUAGUCCCCAGCCAGGUGGAGGCGAGAUGGAGGCCAGCGCCGAGAACCCCGUCACUAUGGUGUUCAUGGGCUACCAGAGUGUGGAGGACGAGACGGAGACCAACAAGGUGCUGGGCCUGGAGGGUACCGUCAAGGCCCAGCUGGUGGUCAUCGAGGACGGCAAGGGCAAGAAUGUGACGGUGGGGUCCACCCCAGCCACCGUGACCGUCACCGAGGGAGGCGCCAAGAAAGAGCAGUCGCCCCCACCCAACGGCAGCGCCGCUGACCCCGCCAAGACCCCUCAGGAGACAUCCUCCGCAAAGGAGAAAGGAGGUGAGCCAGAGGGGGGCGCCACUGAGCUCAACAACAAGGAYAAGCAGCCUUGCAAGUGCUGCACCAUCAUGUGAGCAACUGUUGUGUGGCUGAACUUGACUUUUCAAGGAGAAAUGACAAACCAACAACAACCAUAACGUCAUGAAAACCAACAAACCCCUCCCCCCUGCCCUGAAUAAAAAGGCAUACAUGUUCUUUAUCUUCUGA